AUGAUUUACGGACUCGCAGCAGCGGCAACAAUCUAUUACACACAGAUCGUUCUCAGCGCUGUCACACUUGAGCGUAAACUCGAUGCUUUAGGCAAGAGGGCACCCAGCAGACGAACUUGGUCCCCCUGGAACAUCGGACUACUGUUUCAGGCCAUUUGGUAUUUCUCUCACCACCGCAACCAUGAGUGGUGGUGGGCUCUGUUCGGUAAAUGCGGUAACAAGAACCUGCCGUACACCGUGGAAGCUAUAACCGCAGGGGCGAGGAUCAUCUUCACAGCAGACGAAGAAAACAUCAAAGCCAUCCUUGCCACGCAGUUUCAGGACUAUGGCAAGGGUGAACGGUUUAGGGAGGAGUGGAAGGAUUUCCUCGGCCUCAGCAUCUUCACAACAGACGGCGAGCGCUGGCACGAUUCCCGCAGUCUACUCCGCCCACAGUUCAUCAAAGACCGCCUCUCAGACUUACUCACCUUCGAAAAGCACACCAAGGUCUUGAUACCGCUGUUGGCUGGCAGCCACAACGGUGCAACCGUCCGCGCUGAUGACCUCUUUUUCCGAUACACGCUUGACGCAGCCACAGACUUCCUUCUUGGCAGCAGUGUCGACAGUCUGCACAACGGGCAAAGCGAAUUCGCUGCAGCGUUUACCGAGGUCCAACACAUUCAGAGCAUCAUCGCUCGAGCCGGGCCUAUGCAGAACUGGGUGCCAAGGAAGAAGUUCCACGCAGGCUUAAAGGUUCUAAACCGCUUCGUAGAUACGUAUAUUGAUCGUGCGCUACAGCUUCCGCCAGACGAGCUGGAGAAGAUGACCAAGAGUGAUGAAGGCUACACCUUCCUGCACGCACUGGCAAGUUACACACGGGAUCGCCAAGUCCUGCGUGAUCAGCUUAUAGCUGUUUUGCUCGCUGGUCGAGACACAACAGCCGUCACGAUGUCCUGGCUUACUUACGAGCUUUCUCGGCACCCUCAGGUGGUGCAAAAGCUGCGACAAGAGAUCAUCAGCCACUCCGGCCUGGACAAGCCGCCCACUUACGACGAUCUCAAGAGUAUGCGCUACCUGCAGCAUACCCUCAAUGAAAUACUCCGACUCUACCCAGUCGUACCCUACAACGUCCGCGUAGCGUUGCGCGACACCACGCUCCCCCACGGGGGGGGUCCGAAUGGCGACGAGCCCAUCGGCGUCCUCAAGGACACUCCGGUCGGCUACUCAACCCUAAUCCUGCAUCGAAGAGAGGACAUCUACCCUCCAGCAUCCGCCGGUUUCCCGGACUAUCUAUCCUUCGUACCCGAAAGAUGGGAUGGUUGGACGCCGAAGAGCUGGACGUACAUCCCUUUCAACGGCGGACCUAGGAUCUGCAUUGGUCAGCAGUUUGCGCUUACCGAGUUGGCGUAUACGCUUGUCAGGCUCCUACAGAGUUUUGAGCGCAUCGAGUGCCGGACAGACGAGUUUCCGAUGAUGAAGACAGAUAUUGUGCUGCAACCGGCGCAGGGCGUUUACGUAGCUUUUAUCAAGGGUGAGAAGCAGUGA